AAUGUAAUAAUGUUACUGCUAUUCCUAAAGAUGAUUGUUGUCGUGAUGGUGGUCUUGGAAGAAAUCAAAUGAUGGAUGGCAAUAAUUUAUUACCUACCGAUUUUUACAUGAGAGUCGACAAUAUUACUGAUACAAAAGAAUGCUGUAAACGAUGUUAUGAAGAGCCUUCAUGUGUUUAUUAUAUUCAUAUUCUUGAUUCAAAUACAUGUGAUAUAUAUGGUGAUAGUAUCCGUACAUGUUUCCCUCUCUUUGAACCUCCACCAUCUUCUAAUGGUGAUGAGGCUACCGGCAUUAUUG